CGGUGGACUGUGAUUGCCAUAGCAACAGCGGAACAACCAUGGUGCUGAUUACAGAAGAUCUGGUGAGACAACGAUCAGAACACAAUAACUGUGAGAUAUCUACAUUAGAAGAAAUUUCUUUGCACCAGCAAGAUAUUGAGAAAAUCGAACACAUUGACAGAUGGUGCAGAGAUCUAAAAAUCCUCUAUUUCCAAAAUAACCUGAUUCCUAAACUUGAGAAUCUUGGUAAAUUGAAGAAACUAGAAUACCUCAAUCUAGCUUUAAACAACAUCGAGUGCAUAGAAAAUUUAGAAGGCUGCGAGUUUUUGAACAAACUGGACCUAACUAUUAAUUUUGUGGGAGAAUUGACCAGUGUGGCGUCGCUGAAACACAAUGUACAUCUGAAAGAACUAUUUCUGAUGGGAAAUCCCUGUACGGAGUUUGAAGGCUACAGGCAGUUUGUUAUUGCUACACUCCCACAGCUAAAGCAGUUAGAUGGGAAGGAAAUAGACCGCUCUGAACAGAUUCAGGCACUGCAAGAUUACCCAGAAGUGCGACGACAAGUUUUAGAACAACAACAAGCAUAUCUCUUAAAGCGAGCCAGAGAAAAAAAAGAAGCACAGAAGUACUUAGAAAAGAAAGGCAAUAAAGAGAAAGCUGAAGAAAAACGAAAGCCUGGCUUUGAUGGACGUUGGUACACUGAUAUCAAUACCAUAUCUGACCAUGGAAAGAACACAAAGGAUAAGCAAAACAAUGGCCAUAGUGAAGAGGAACAAGACCACAAGGUUAUAGAUGAAGACGAAAUGAACAAGUCAUUCUGGGAGGAGCCUACAGCUUUCACCCCUGAAUCUAGACUGGAGACUCACAGAUACCUUGAAGAGAAGCGCAAAAUCAAAGAAGAGAACAAAGAUAAGAAACAAAAACCUCAACGAAUGCUGAUCAAUGCUGAAGGACGUGUCCUGAAUGUCAAUGAGCCGAAGAUUGAUUUCACAUUGACUGAUGAUGAGGAAAAUAAUCAAAUUGUCUUAGAUCUUGCUGUUUACAGAUACUUGGAUACCUCUCUACUUGAUAUUGAUAUACAAACAACAUAUGUCCGAGUGAUGGUUAAAGGAAAGGCUUUUCAGCUGGUACUUCCAGCAGAAGUUAAACCUGACAGCAGUUUUGCCAAGAGGUCCCAAACUACAGGGCAUUUGCUUGUCAAGAUGCCAAAGGCAGAAGAGAUGGUUAGAUCAAGGUCAAAGAACAAAUCUACAAUACCCUCUGUAGCCACUGAUAAACAAAAAGAUGUAACAAGAACAACCCAACGAAUUGAGAAGCUAGAAGUGGAUCCCAGCAAACAUUCCCGCGUUGAUGUGACCAAUAUAGUGAAAGACAAGAAACCUGUCGCUGAAGGUCCCAUCAAAUUCCGUCAGGAGAGUGUAACGGAAAGGAACUGUAACCAUGACGACUUUCUGGAUAACCCUGAGGUUCCACCAUUACUUGAAUAACAUGACAAUAAUAAUGAUCCUUACAUUUGAUAUACUGAUAGACCCUUUCAUGUCAAAGGUUGUCUCAUAGCGCUUCACAGUAUAAAAUGUAAGUACUGUCCUGUGUAGGCAAAGGUGAGGCUUGAAAUAGUAUCAUUUACUGACCAUAUCAGCUGAACAUGUGACUUAAUUCAUUUUUUCCUUUCUGCUUUGUUUAGUAAAUGAAUCUGUGAACAUAGCCUUCCAUUAAGCAGUAAUAAACAUAAAGUGGGCAAUACUGGAUCUCUCAGGGCACAAUGUUGAACUGACUCAGGUCGCCCAGCUUCAGUUACAUUCACUUUAUUGCCUAAGUGUGAUAUGUAGGUCAAUGAGCUAAUUGGAUUUCCGUAAAUUUGUUAAAUGAGUAUUGUGUUAUGUACAUAAAUAACCUUUUAAAAAUUGCUGGAACCAAGCUUUAAAUGAGAACCUCCGGUCAUUUUUAUUAACAUAUCUGAUUACCACUUACUACCCAGAUAGUUCCCUUUACUGUACAUAGAAGUACAUUUAAAACCUGUACUUUUAAUGGAAGUACAUUUAAAGCAUGUACUGAAACAUUUAAUUCCUGUCAAUUUGGUCAGAUUUUCACCCAUAGACUGGUGGCAACAGAAAUUCUUGAAUGUGCAGUUGUUUCAAAGUCAAUUGUAUAUGAGCUAGGUUUGAUCUUCUGAUUCUCUUCCCAGCUGACAGGGGAAGGUACAUGAAUAGUAAAGCAUGUAAAACUCACGUAGCUGCCAGCAAAAGCAGAGACCAAUGUAUAAUUGUGUCUCUCGUGCAGUGCUCCCCAUAUUUGUGUAAGAUGGAAUACCUUAGCAGUUUGAAUGCAGGCAAAAGCUUUGUUUGCUGUUAGGACCACAUGUCCAGAUGAAUUGCAUUUUACAUUACAUUGAACCUGAAGUGAAACCUAAGCAAAAUUAGACAUUAAACAAAAUUUCCUUGUAUUCCAUAGAAAUGUGUGAUGCCAUAGGAGAUUUGGCCAAUUUAUUCAUGUUGGUAUUUGCUGCUCCAAGUCAUCCAUCCUAAUCCCAAUUCCUGUACUUUCUAAUAUCGUUCAUCUGCAUAUGUUUGUCCAAUUCCUUUUUAAAGGACCCCAAAUUGCCACAGCCUCAAGAAAUUGUGUCAUACAAUAAGAACCCCCUGGAAAAUAUUCUUCCAAACUUCUCUUUUUACUCCCCUAAAUUUGGAUUUAAAUGCUUGUUCCUCAGAGGAUAUUUGUCACUUUGAACUCAAAGCAAUGUUUUUUUAAAACACCAUCUUUAUUUCACACAGUGUAUGUAUUAAAAUCAACCCCUCCACCAUCAAAAAGUUAUCUGAUUUCUUGAAACUACCUGUACUAUCUGCCACCACCAUGUCUCUAGGCAGUUUCCCGCUGUGUAAAGUAUUACAAGUAGUUAAAUAUAAACUGAUUUAGCAUUUCACAUUGAAGGUUCAGACACUAAUAUCCAUAUUGAAUAUAAUAUUGGAGGUUAUUUUGCCUAUACUCUUUAAGAUCACUAAAUGCAAUUGACUAUUUUCUGAUAUAUGCCAAAAGAGCUGAACAAAAGUCAUUAUUUUUGGUAAGUAUGUAUAUAUUGCUCUUUGGUGUGACAUGUCUGGAUGGUGGUAACUGGUUGUCUUUCUGGAUAUUAAUGGAGGUUCUCAUCAAAUAAGUGAUCAAAUAUCACACCAUAAACCUAUAAUAUUAUACUGUUCAAAGGAAAACACAUAUUGUGCAUUUUAGACAAAUAUUUCUAGACUCCAGGAAGGUAAAGGUGGUGAAAUAUGACAACGCAUUCAGGCUAGUGCUGAAUUAUUGAAGAAUGUCACUGCUGUUGCUCCUAUAUUGUCAUUAUAUAAACCUGGGUCAUUUCCAUAAUAAACUCUG